UUUUUUUUUUUUGUGUGCGUGCACUCUGACUUGAUCCCUUCCGCAAAUCAACAGGUAAGUGCACCGUAUAAGCACCUCCUGACGCCUUUUAAACCUUUUUUUUUUUUCGGAUGACUAUGGAGCGUGAAUGCUGUAUUCCCUUGAUUAUCGUUCCGGGUGCUGACUGCCUUUGCAAACCGCUUGAGCAAAUCCUGCACUCGGCAUGCCUUUUGCAAGACUAUUAGAGCAGAAUGCGAAUUGAACGUGUGUUUGUUUAUUCCACAUUGCCAGUGACUAAAACUAAGAUGGAUCGCUUUCUUUCCAGAAAGCAACCGUUUAAAAAAAAGCACAUUGCUGUAACGCGUUCUGGUGGGAAUUUGUGGAAAAAAGGCCAUCCAAGACCAGAGUGUCGUAUUUGUUGCCUUUUGCCCAUGACGGCCCCCUUUUUUUUGCGGCGCUUGGAAGCCGGCUAAAAUUCCCAGAUUGUUUUCAUUUGCAGCAGUCGCCCCCACUGUGCGAACUUCCCUUUAAGGGCGUGAGGCUGGCCGCUCGCAGCCAAUGGCAGCGCCGCGUGGCGUGCGGAAGAAGCGUCGACGUGCGAGCCAGCGGCUCUUAAAGGGCUCGCUGGCUCGCUGUGGCGCCGCAUAUUGUGCGCCGAGCCCGGGGCGACCCUGUUAGCGUAUCACGUGCCACAUCCUUAAUGAAGUGGACACACGAGGGGCGCCCGUGUGCGCAUGCGCCGGGUGUAAAAAUGUAGUUGGAAAUGAGGUGCCCGUCUCGGAGAAGUCGACUUUUAAAAAGCAUCGGCAGAACCCUGAUAUGACGACUUCGCUGCUGGUGCAUCCACGCUGGGCGGACGGCUUGAUGUACGUGUAUGAAAAAAGCGGCCCGAAUAAGAACCAAACAAUGGAGGGACUGAGCGCUAAUUGCCCCGCGACUCACUGCAGGGACCUGAUGUCGCACCCCGCCCUGGGACGACACUCCGGCCCCAUCGCGGCGACCCACCAAGGCUCCGUCUACUCGGAUAUUUCCUCGCCGGACGCCGCCCCGCAGCCGUCGUCGGGCGCCCCGCUCAGCUACGGCUACCCGUUCGGGGGGCCCUACUACGGCUGUCGGCUGUCCCACUCGCAGCAGAAGCCGUGCUCGUACCACCCCGCGGACAAAUACGCAGAGCCCACCACGGCGCUGCCCACCGAGGAACUGUCGAGCCGAGCCAAAGAGUUUGCCUUCUACCCCGGCUUCGCCGGCUCGUACCAGGCCGUGCCGGGAUAUCUGGACGUGUCGGUGGUGCCCGGCAUCAGCGGCCACCCCGAGCCGCGGCACGACGCCCUCAUCCCCGUGGAGGGCUACCAGCACUGGGCUCUCUCCAAUGGCUGGGAUGGGCAGGUGUACUGCUCCAAGGACCAGACGCAGUCGAACCAUCUGUGGAAGUCGCCAUUUCCAGACGUGGUGCCCCUGCCGCCCGAGGUGAGCAGCUACCGUCGCGGCCGUAAAAAGCGCGUGCCGUACACCAAGGUGCAGCUGAAGGAGCUGGAGAAGGAGUACGCGGCCAGCAAGUUCAUCACCAAAGACAAGAGGAGACGCAUCUCGGCCGCCACCAACCUCUCGGAGCGCCAAGUCACCAUCUGGUUCCAGAACCGGCGUGUCAAGGAGAAGAAAUUCGUCAGUAAAACCAAGAGCAACCACCUGCACACCACUUGAUGUGACGGCUCCGCUCCGCUCCGCUCCUGCAUUAUAUUUACCUCUCGCAUCGGAAAGAAAAUAUCAAAUAUUUUUGGUUUCACUUCCAUCGCCGUCAAAACACAAGGCGGCCCAUCGGUUUCAAUUUAGAGAUCGAGUCUCUAAAAACUGUGAAAAUACUGAACAUUUACUCCAUAUUUGUUUCAUAUGACUGUACAUAUAUAAAUAUAUAAUAUUUAAAACGAUAUCUGUAUUUCAAAGUCAAGUAUUAAGUGUUUUCUUAUUUUUUUUUUUGUUACUAUUAUUACGUUCUUCUUUCUUCUCUCCGAACCAAAUCACGAAUGGACUAAUGACGUUUAAAUACAAAAAAUUUAAAAAAAUAAAAAUAAAAAAAAAGAACAAGACUGAUUGAUUGCUGACUUUUUUAAUUUCAUUUUAUUUGGGAAAGAUAAUUGCCAUACUGACAGGAAUGUUUGGGACAGCCUGAAGACUCGAACAUUCAGGACGGCACAAAAAAAAAAAAAAAAAAAGAAGAAAAGAGAAAGAUGAGUUUUGGGUGGAAACACUUUUCUUUUCAUAUUCCCUUUGAAUUUAAAAGCGACGAUCAUCUACAUGGGAUUGUAAAUUCUAAGCCUGCGAUGUUGUUUAUCUGUGUAGUGCAAUGCCUUUUCAUUAUUUAAUUCAUAUUACGUAGUAUGGCCGAACUGUAAACUAGAGUAUCCAGUACCUGUAUGUCCUCCUUCCCCCCCCCCCCCGCCGCCCCCUUUUUUUUUUCUUUUUU